CACAGAUCAACUACACUGCAUCGUAAUGUCAAACGAACUUGCAUCAGCUUCAAUCGGCCUCCUAGUAGUAACUGCUACAAUUCUUCUCUACUAUAUACGUUGCAGAACGGCACGAAUCAUUAAGGAAGCGAAAAAGGAAUAUGGACCAUCCGCAGAACCCUGCUCUCCAGGAGACUAUAUGUGGAAGCUAGAUACUGAGUACAAUAAGUGCAUGAUCAGUGCCGCAAUGAUAGUUCGUAAUGGAACGCUCGAAGAUCUCAAUGUUGUGACGGAGAAGCUGAUCCAGGACCCAUGGUUCAGACGAUUUACCGACCGUUUGGCUCUGUUUGAGAACAUGCCUUUCUGGGUGAAGGAUACCCAGUUUAAGAAAGAAAACCAUGUACACCGGGUCCUACUGGAUGUAUCUCAGAAGCCAACAAAUAGUGCUGAAUUGAAAGAAUGGAUUGGACAAACAAUUGUAGCUGAUCUCCCCAUUGACCGCCCGUUGUGGAAGAUGGUGAUCCUUGAAAAUUACGAGAAGUGCGACGAUGGUUCUGGCGACACCAUGUCAUGUGUGCUCCUUAUGGCGCAUCAUGUUCUAGGUGAUGGUGUUGCAUUCAGCAACAUGAUGAUGUCCAUGCUGGACACCGAAUCGCACGUGAAGGGUAUCAAGGUAGAGAAGAAGAAGAAAAAGCCGGUCUCCCCAACCAAGUCACAGGUGAAGCCGCGUCAGCCAUUUGCAUGGCUUACCUGGCUAUUUGUUGCUUUGUACACAGUCCCAAUCAUGGGUAAGAUUAUGCUCUCCAAGGCAGACGUGAAUCCCUUUAAAACACAAAACGUGAGUGGCAGAAAGGUCGUGGGUAUGCUAGACACUCCCAUUGAAAUGACUAGAAUGAACUCUGUUCGCAAUAAGCUCGGUAUGUCUGUAAACGAUGUCUUCAUGGGAGUAAUCAGUUGCGCUCUCCAGCGAUUGUUUGCUCGAAUCGAACCAGACAAUGAUGUGGAAAGUAUCAAAGCUGCCAUGAUGGUCAAUAUGCGAAGCAACCCCUAUGCCGUCAAAAUGGAGAAUCAGUUCGCUACGCCGGUAUUUGACAUGGAUGUAUCCAACUCUGAUCCAUUGGUAGCCUGCAAUAAGAUGAGGCCAGUGAUGAAGGGAAUGAAAACAACACCCAUCUCGAAAGUUUUCUUCGCUAACAUCGCACUCGUAGCGAACUUGUUCCCAUAUAUUUUUAAUCAGACUCUCUUGGACUACUUAGCCAGCAAAACGUCAUGUAUUUUAAGUAAUGUGCCAGGCCCUUCGGAGCGUAUGUAUUUCAAUGGAAAAUUACUUGAAAGAAUAUCAGCAUGGUCUCCUCAGCGAAAAAGUGUUUCGUUCGGUAUGACGAUGUUUACUCUCGGUGGGAAGGUGAAUAUCGGAGCGAUAAUGGACACAGGAGCCGCAGACAAGGCACAAGCGUUUGUGGACGAGUUCGUUGCAGUAUUUGAGGAACUUGAGAUGAUGGUAUCGGAACAAGUCAGUGCAAAAUCAAAGGUUGCAGAUGCUUGUUAACUUUAUGUUAGUUGAACAACACACUAAAAUAUAAUAAAUAUCAGGAUGCCAAC